AUGGAGUACUUUUAUGGCGGAGGUUUGUUUCUGACAACGGAAGAGCAACUUCUUAUGCAGUUAUCCUUACCUCAAUUACAGAAUGAAAACAAGUUGGAAUCGGUUGCCUUCCUGGGAAAGAUAUUUGGGAAAAAUUCUGAUUAUUAUAUUGCUCAAGGACGAGGGAAUGAUUUCAUACGUAACAAGCAUUCGUUCUACAGCCUUGAUGGUGAAACUUGGAAUUUACUGUUUUCUGCCUCUAAGGAAGAUCUCCGGAAAUUUCAUAUGGUGCGCACAAGAUUCCAGGGGGAUCCCACUUACGUGCAUCGCUUCAGAGAGCGAACACAAGAAGGAAAAAAGUCGACUAUUAAAGAAGAAAAUAGAUUGAGUGCUAUGGUGAAAUUGAUGGAUUUCGAGACGGCUAUUGGACCCAAGAACGUUCUAAUCAUUAAUGCCCAAGGGAUCGUUAAGAGGAAUACUUAUUUUAAAGGGCUAUCAAAAGAUGAUUCCUUGAACUUGAAUUCUUACUUACAUUAUCGCCUGCCGGAUUCGGAUGUGAGUUUCGCACCUACAGCCUUGCUCUGCCCUGUAGGGGGCGAUGUUGCGAUGGAUUUCUUAGAACCUAUUAGUAUGGAUUAUCCCCCAGGUUGUUGGGUAAUGCAUAAUGAUUCUCUAGAAGAAGUUGUGACUCUUCGGAAUUUAUGGUGGCCGGGGUUUAUGUUUUACUACAGACCAGAAACCAGCGAUUAUAAUUCCAUUUAUAUGGGAUAUGGAGAUCGCAAUGAUGAUUUACCUUUCAUGCUUUGA